GGAUAAUGGAAUGAAGCGCCAUGGCUGACUUCUUCUCCCGACGCUUCCUUCUUUCAUUGCAUCAUAUAUACUAUAUUCACACGCGUUAGAAUAUUAAUAAUCCAAGAAAUUACCUUCCUACAAUACAAGAUGCGUUCAAUAAAGCCUAGACACCUCCGUCACCGUCCAUUAUCCCGCUACCUCUCAACUAGUUCAUCUCUCCAGUCUCAAGUUACUCCCAUAACCUCCUUACUAAUUGCAAAUCGCGGUGAAAUUGCUCUGAGGAUAAAUAAGACAGCCGAACGCCUCGGUAUAAAGACCACUACAUUAUAUACCGAUCCCGACGCCUCAUCACAACAUGCCUCUUGCUCGUCACAUUCCAUAGGCCUCGGUGCGGCUAAUGGCUAUCUUGACGGCGAAAGAAUAGUGAGGCUGGCUAAGCAGCAUGGCAUCCAGGCACUCCAUCCAGGCUAUGGGUUCUUAUCAGAGAACUCUGCCUUCGCCAAGAGGUGCGAGCAGGAGGGAAUAGUAUUCGUCGGGCCGCCAGCCCAGGCCAUGGCAGACAUGGGCAAUAAGGCACGGAGUAAAGAAAUUAUGACUCAAGCCGGAGUACCGUGCGUCCCCGGGUAUCAUGGAAGCGAGCAAGGUGAGGCGGAAUUGCUCGAACACGCUAAGCAAAUACAGUUCCCCGUCUUGCUGAAGAGUGUAAGAGGUGGCGGUGGUAAGGGCAUGCGUAUCGUAAUGGAGGAAGGCGAAUUCCUUCAGCAGUUGAAGAGCGCGCGGGCAGAAGCGAAGGCGUCCUUUGGUGAAGGCGGCGAGGUUAUGUUGGUCGAGAAGUAUAUUGUAAGGCCCAGGCACGUCGAGGUCCAAGUAUUCGCAGACAAGCAUGGAAACUGCGUGGCCCUUGGGGAGCGAGACUGCAGCGUGCAACGACGACAUCAGAAGAUACUCGAAGAGUCACCGGCUCCCGACUUGGAUGAUGUGACGAGACUAGAUCUAUGGGAGAAAGCCAGAACGGCGGCAUUGGCAGUGGGGUACGUCGGGGCUGGUACGGUAGAGUUCAUCCUCGACAAGGACACGGGGAAUUUCUACUUCAUGGAGAUGAACACCCGACUCCAGGUUGAGCAUCCUGUCAGCGAGAUGGUCACGGGGACUGACCUAGUUGAAUGGCAAUUUCGAGUUGCUGCUGGGGAGAAGUUGCCACUAACACAAAAGGAGAUCAUUGACAGAAUUCAGGAAAGGGGAGCAGCCAUCGAAGCAAGGAUAUACGCCGAGAAUCCUGAAAAGGGGUUCAUACCCGACUCUGGAAAUCUAGUUCAUUUGAAAACUCCCAAGACUAACGAGGAUGUCCGAAUCGACGCUGGUUUUAUUCAGGGCGAUACGGUGACGGAAGCUUACGAUGGCAUGAUUGCAAAACUUAUCGUUAGGGGAAGAGACCGGGAGACCGCCAUCAGAAAGCUCGAGCUUGCGCUGCGAGAUUAUGAAGUGGUUGGUCUGAGCACUAACAUCGAGUUCUUGAAGCGUCUGUGCAGAUCGCCAGCAUUCAUAGAAGGCGAUGUCGAGACUGGGUUCAUCGACAAAUGGAAAGGAGACCUUUUCGAUCCUGUGGUAAUCAAGCCUGAAGUGUAUGUUCAAGCGGCACUUGGCAUAUUCUCCACCAAGCCAACAGAGACGGUCGAACCUCAUGGCGAAAGUCUCGGUUUCGGUUCUCCUAGUGGCAGCGAACGACAAUUCUCUUUCAAGUCCCUUGAUUUAUUGGAUCAAAAAGAAGGGGAAGUGGUGGAUGUCAGGAUAAUCCAGAAAGGAAACAGUUUAUUCGACGCCCGGGUCACCCGAAAAGGCGAGGAGCCUCAAGUCUUUGAGAAUCUCGUCUCGUCACCCGUUCCAUCUUCGGAGAAUACGAGCAUAACCACCUUCUUCCCAGAUACGCGGAUAGAAACUACGGUUAUACAGGAUCCGAACAACGACAGUAAGAUUACCAUAUUUCAACUCGGCGCCAAGACAGAAUUAUCUCUAGUGUCUCCGACUUGGUACGAAAAAGCCUUAGGACUAAAGGAAGUAACGGCAUCGGUUGCAGCCCCAAUGCCUUGUAAAGUCCUCAAGAUUGAAGUCGAGGAAGGCGACAGAGUGACUAAAGGGGCUCCUCUUGUCGUCAUCGAAUCUAUGAAAAUGGAAACGGUGAUUCGAUCACCACAAGAUGGUGUUAUCAAAAAGCUAGCGCAUAAGGAGGGUGACAAAUGCAAAGCUGGAACAGUGCUAGUUGUUUUCGAAGAGGAAGAGGUCAGCCAAUAACACACAAGUGAACAGGGGUAGAGCGGAGUUGUUGAAAACUUGACACCAUCACGCACAGAAAGGGGGGCGUUACUAUAGGGCUAUGUGGCUGCGGCAUUAUUUCGAGAGGAGAUUGAAAUGCAUAUUUGGGACAUGGGGUUAUAGCUGUGAUUUAUCAAAUUUAUUUUAUGCAUCUGGGACUUACCUAUUCAGACAUACAUCCCCUUCAUGUUGAAGCAUCAUUAAACCUACAUGAUUCACCUAUCAGUAAUAUAGCAACAGCAACUUAAUUUUAGCCAGCUGAAUGCUUAGAUCGAUUAGGUACCUAGUAAUUCGGUAUAGGUGGACAGAAUCUGGCUUGUAA